AUAAUUUUAUCAGUAUGUAGUCAAAGAACCCGAUAUCAUCAACCUCCCAAGUGAGCUCCGAUCCCUGGUCCGGUUGCCGUAGAGCUGGUAUACGGCCGUACCGCAUGUUUAAUUUUUUUACGAGCCAGAUCAUGGGAUUAUCUCAUCCUGGCAAUGCAUGUCGACAGUGGGAUCAGAAAGCGCUUUGAACUACGAACAGCAUGGAAUCCUAAUUAGGACGUAUCUGACAAUCGUGAUACAGCUAGGUCGUGUCCAGUUCAAUCGGGCCACCUCGUUGCAGCACGGUGUUCAGAAAUGGGGGCUUUGGCCCACGCGAAAAGACUGUGCUGCUCUCAAUUACAGUGAUUUUCCUGCGUUGUCAACCUUCUCGAUUCAUGACAUGAAAAUCAAUAAUAGCCAAUCAACAUCCCCCCAAACCAUGAUGCUACUCUAUGAUGCUACUCUAUGCCCUUUCUCAUUACGGUCCUCCCCAAACCACAUCCUUAGGGGAAAUGCCUUUGUGUUGGCAAAUCAGUUCAAAUAUCUUGGGCCUCAUGCGCACUUGCUGGCGGCUGCACGGGUACAAAAUACCACUGUAUGUAUAAAGGGUCGCACCCUUAGAACCCUCCCCCUUUGCCCUUCGAAGCAAAAUGUCAAACCAGUCAGGCCCUCAAUCAGACGCGGGAAGCUAUGCCAACAGUCUCAGUUCCAGCCUUCUACCUGUGGACGUCGAAGGUUCUAGCCCAUUGCUUGUACCCCUUCCACAAAGUGACGACCGCGACGACGUGCCACUGAGGGCGACGAGCUAUGCUGAGCGGCUCCGGCGCCGCCGUAACUUCGCUAUUUCUAAUAAAUUGCACAAUAUAGGAAUUAAUGCGGACCU